AUGGCGGACUCACCCCAGAAUGCGGGAUCCCCCUCCAGUGCCACUCAGGAUCAUCUGCCUUCAUCCGGAAAGGCUCCCCUUGCUGGAAGGUCUCAGCCUGGGAAUAAAACUUCCCUAGAGGAGUCUUUGAUAGAAGAGGCCGUUACAGAUAUGAAGAUGGGAACUGAGGUCAUGCGUCAGGCAACAAGGGAGACAGCAGCAGACGCAGCAGACGCCAUCAAAGCCAAGGCUCAAGAAACAGUAGAGUGGGUGAGGCAGAUGAGUGCAGAAGCUGGGGAAAUUAUGGGAUCCGCGUGGGAGGCAGCAAAGGAAAAAAGUGCCGCGGCGUCUGCUGCAGCUGCAGAGACAGUUAGAGACGCCAGAGCCACAGUUGCCGAAUUCAUUGCUCCUGAAUGA